GUUCAUGGAGCCACUAGCAGUGGAAACGUUAAAUACUCUUAUCCAGUCCAUUGCUGAUGAGAAGUGACAAAUGAUCAUUUGAUUGCCUUGAUGCAUUUGUAUGGUUCGCAAGGAGAUCUCACCAAUUCGUCAGUGAUGGGUGCAUUACGUCUGCUGGAUAUCCCAAAUUCUGUUGAGAAAGUUGUUGCAAGUGAAUCUCGUAGAACAUUCUAUAAGGUCAAGGAUCUUGGAUCGGGAGUAAUAAGGACCUGCAGACCAACCCAACGUUAUUGUACUUGUGAUCAAUUUAUCCAGGUUGUUAUGAGCGAUGCCAUCACGUGCCAGCAUGUUCUCGCCACAAAAUUAUCUGAAGCCCUCGGAUUGACACAAGAAACAAAAAUUACUGAUGUUGCAUUUGCGGAGUACAUGUGCUCGUAGAAAGGGAACGACAAAGAUGAAGCCCCCUCUAUCUUCCAAGUAAACGACUCUUAUCCCAAACAUUGGGUUCCCUUGGCCACACAAAAAUAAAUAAAUCAAACAAAUAGAUUUUUUUUUUCUCGAGA